AUGCAACGCAUCCACUCGUUCCUGAUUGCAUCUCUACUUUUUAUCUUUGUCUCCGCAGAUAAUCAGAGAACUUUUCAAUGUCACACGAGGAUAAAUUUUGGGGCAGAACUGAUUCAAGAGAAGUUGACCAAGAUGAGAAACUAUUACGAAUCUACUUUUCAUGAAUGUCGAUCAGAGAAGUUUUGUAUGAAAAAUAAACUGCGAAAGAUGAUGUGGCACAGAUCGCAGUUCAAAGGAGACUUAGGCCGAGACAUUCCUGCAGAUUCUAUGGCGUUGUGGCUACCAAUAAAGACGACUGAUGAAUUAACGGAGGGGCGUAUAUGGGAUAAAUGGAAUAUCUAUAAACUUGUAGCUCUGUGCACAGAACGUUCCACCUGUACACUGGAUCACAUUACCGAAAGAGAGCGGGAUAGAAAAUCUUUAGAACGCAAAUGUUUCGAAAUUUAA